AUGUCAUUAAUGAGUAUUGGAUUUGUUCUUUCAAAUACUCCAGUACAUACUCUGUGGGUGGGAUGUUUCGUCGUAUUGGGUGAGGCACUAGCUCUUCUUUUUCGUCUUCGUGAAACCGUAAAGGAUGCUUACCAAUGGAAAUUCUUCUAUUUAUAUGGAAUAAUUUUAAGGGGUACUUUAAGGGCUUUUUUUUAUAGUGCUCUUUUAUAUACUGUAAAAGAAAUUGGAUCAAUGCGUUGUAUAUUGCUUUGUUCUGCAUUCACACUUGAAAUGUCGUAUAUACGAGAUGGAAUUUUAAAGCGUCAAGCAUUUUUUGCUCUACUGAUUAUAUGUAGUAUCCUUUUGAUAUUUUGGAGUUCUUUACAUGAAAUCAGUGUAAAUUUUUAUGUACUGGUUUUUAAUAUUCUAUCUCUUUCUUUAUCAACACUUGCAAUUAAUAUAAGCGAAUCAGUUUAUUCUAAUGUACAUAAUUCUUGGCUUGGAAUUUUUGAGAGAGUUGUUGCAUCUAUAGAACUGGCUUUUUGUAGCUGGCUUGGUACUUCAAAUAAGAAUACGUUGACUUCCCCUUAUCCUUGGAUAAUUUUCCCAGUUAUUUCUUUAUUAUCUGGUUGUGGGAAAUCUCUUUAUGAUUCAAGAUUUAGGGAAACUGUGAUACCCGCAAGUAUGAUUGGUAUUUUGAUUUUCUACAUUUUUACUGGUAUUUUGAAUAUUAGAUAUCGGGAAAUUGAAGGUGGAGAUUUUUUUGCUCUUAUUAGUGGUGUUAUUAUUUUAAUUGCUUCUUUUAAAUCUUUAAAAUCAGAAUUUCUUUUACCUUCAAUGGAAACAUCAGUUCCUUUUGCACAAACACGAAAGAAAAGCUCUGGUUUUAUUGUUAAUGCUAUUAAAUAUUUAACUCUAAAUGAGCGUGAAAGAAAAUUGUUAAUUUACCUUCUUCUUACUAUGGGUGUAAUGCUUCUUGAAUUGAUUUAUGGAAUUGUAGCAAAUUCUUUGGGUUUAAUUUCUGAUGCUUUUCAUAUGAUGCUUGAUUCGGCUUCUAUCGCCAUUGGUUUAUUUGCUGCAUUUGCUUCUUCAUUACCAUGUGAAAAAAAGACACAUCCUUUCGGAUAUGCUCGUUAUGAGGUUUUAGGAGGAUUUAUUAAUGCAGUUUUAUUACUUUUUGUUGCAUUAUAUGUUGUUUUGGAAUCUGUAGAACGUCUUUUUUGUCCUCCUGAGAUUGAUGCACCUUAUUUGAUACAUGUUUCUGUUAUAGGAUUGCUUGUAAAUAUCGUGGGUGUUGUGUUUUUCCAUGAAGCUCAUGGUCAUUCUCACUCCCACGGAGGAUGUAGUCACCCUGUUGAUCAUAACUUAAGAGGAGUUUACCUUCAUAUAUUAGCAGAUCUUUUGGGAAGUGUUAGUGUUAUGAUAUCUAGUAUUCUUAUAGCAGUUACUGGUUUAAGAAUUGCUGACCCAUUAUGUAGUGUCUUGAGCUCAGCGUUUAUUGCCAUUUCAGCAUUUCCAUUGUUGCAAGAAACUGGUAAGGUUCUUCUUCUUUCUGGUGAACCAUAUGAUCAAGAGAAAUUUUUUAAUAAUACUGUGCGUAGUAUCAAAAAAAUUCCUGGUGUUAAUACAGUGGGAAGUUUAUGUGCGUGGACUCACUCAACCGCUCCCAGGGAGCUGACAUGUUGUGCAGUAAGAGUAUCCGCGCAAAGUGGAGUGAGUCACCAAACUGUACGUCGUUUAGUUAAACAAUGUUUAAGAAAUAUUUUAUCUGCGGAAACAGGAGCACAUCGUAUAAGAGUUUUUGUACAUAUAGAGUAA